AUGACCAUGAGCAUGUCUUUGAAGGUGCUAUACACCGUUGACAACGAAGCAAGCUCGUACUUGACAAGGAGCAAGACAGCAGUCGACGUGCGCGUGGAGAACAUCUCUAGUCCCAACAACGAUGGCUCGCAAAUAAAAAUCGGAAUGGUCGAGCUGAACGACGUUCUGGACGAAAUCUGUGCAUCUUCGCCCGAGCUAUUUAGCAUCGGGAUGGACGCUAACGUCGACUACAACGUCUACUGCAAAGAUAUCUGCGAAGUGGACGAGCCAUUGGUUAGUUUCGGGCUGCUAUCAAAACUGCGAAGAGACCCGCAAACACGCAGCACUUCUGCCUCCGAACAGCACACAGACUGGCCUCUGGUCAUCGGGCGCGUUUGCUCCAACUUUUCGGCUAUGCUUCGUUUCCAAAACCAAGACGCAGACUCUGCAUCCCAACGAACUCUUGAAAUCAAAAUGCGAUUUUCCAAAGUAGCCACGGCCAACUCGUCCCGCAGAUCCAGCAUUUCCGGUAAGCAUAUUCCUCUACCCAUGGCCAGGAUGCCAUCUUCUGCGAAUAGUGCAAACAGCAACACACUUGCCAAAAGGCUGAGUAAAACCACAGAACUGUGCAAACCGCAUGAACACACAGCCCCACUCACAGGAAAACGUCAAACCAAUCCCAAACCUGCACCAAAAGCUGUACGCACUCAGUCACUGCCCAUAUGGGAUCAAACUAAAAACAACCAAUUUGCAUUACCCACAAACUCAAUCGCACAUAAAAUUUACCUCGCUGAUAGAGCAGCUAAAGAGGCUGACCUGGCUCCUCGGCAGACUCAGGAUUCCAAAAGACCCGUUUUCCAGAUCAGUAGUUUACAACACGACAACACCGUCCAAAAGACGAAAAUCGAUGACUCCGUCAGCAAGAGAUUUGAUUUUAUCACCAAGAAGAAGGGCAAAAUGGGCAAACCUAGCAUUAAAAAGCCCGUUGCAAAGCUCAAAUCUACUGCGAAUAAAAAGGUCAGAAGAGACAGCAUACCGAACACUAAUAUAAGCACACCAGUCGCAGCCGAAUCAUUGACCAGCAUUAAAAACGAUGAAAUCGACGAUUUUAAGCUUCUGAGAGACGAAGACUUGGUUCAACAGCUGCUAGGAAAGCAAAAGUUGAAACCUAUCGAUUAUUUUGAAGCUGAGCAGCCAGACAAAAGCGACGAAUGCGAAAAUAAAGAAAACAUUCCACCUCGCAUGACACCGGCCAGUUCUCGUUUUGAAGACCUACUAGGCAUGGAUCUCCCGUCCUCUAAAACUCCAAGCGACGUUGAAAAAGCGCUUAAUAACCCCAGAAGCGACGACCCUAUGGAAUGGUUCAACGAUCUUUUCGGUUCUCCGGUCUUGAGCCAAAAGGGCGCAACGCCGAUCAAGGAUCCUUUAACUUGCAAUACGCUUCCCAUUGAAGACGAAGAGCACGAUGCUCUCAGAGCACCAACUAGCGACCUGGAUAGAACUUCUCCUAUGGACACGCUAUCGAUGCCAUUGUAUGAGCUAGAACAAAGGAAAGAACAAAUGGCUAGCAAAGCUGCACCAUCGUGCAAAGACCAAUUGCAAAGGAUUCCUUUGCUUGCCAAAACGCACAACGACGCUACCCUUCACGAUAUCGAGGAUGAUGCUCCGCUGUGUCUAAAUACUUCGCCUCUCGCGAAAGCCGUAGGCGGCAGAAAAAUCAGCGGUGCGAAAAGACCUGCUCCGGUACCGUCGUCGCCUGUUGGACACGAGGAUUACGUCGACGACGAUUAUAUGCAAGAAAACUGCAGAAAGCGUAAGACCAUGCCUUCUUCCCCCACAUCAAUGUUCCCAUAUUCGGGUACAGACGAGGAUGCAGAUAUUGCAGCUCUCAACGAUAGCACAGUGAUCAGCGAGGAAUUUUCGAUACACGAGGGUCCGGGGCGUACUGGUAUCGAUUCGACGCCGGCGACGCAAUACCGCUCAAGCGAUGGGGAGGAUACAAAGCAUAAAGAGGAACACGCCUCGCCCAAUGGACGUAGAUUUUCGCAUAUAUAG